UGCGCUAGUAACGCGUUACCGUGGAAACCAAUGAAUAUCGGAACGCACCUCUAUACUCUAGUAUUAAUAAAUAUACAUUUUUUUUCUUUUUUUCCUCGAAAUAAUUUAAGUCAAUUCUAAAAACAUUAAUUGUUAUCGACAAUUGUACUCGCAUAUAGUGGAUCAUAACGAUUUUGUGAAAUGGCAAGGAGCAACAUUAUUGAUAUUGGAAGUGUUUUUGAUGAAUAUCUGCUAAAAGAACAGCAUUUUGAACGAGAAAUAGAAGAGCGCAAUAAAUUACGUCGCGAGAUUCGUAACAAGAAUAUUUUCAAAGUUUCUGACUCAUCGCCAACAGAUUUGCCUUUAAAUUUGGAAAAAUCUUGUAUUCGCAAUCAGGCUCUUCUAAAGGAUUUGGAGAUGUCUAGAGCACGUUUGAGAACUUACGCUUCUUACACGCCUACAGAUGCAGAAUUGCAACAAAUUUCGUUGGCCUAUCGAAGUCAUCUUUGCAAAAAUAUCCAAGAUACAGAAUAUGACAAGCUCAUUUCCACGUAAUCAAUUAGAUAUUCAUCAGUGAUCAUUUCAACCUGAUAACUCGAGCCGAACGAACAAACUUUGAAAUGAAAAGUUUGUUGAUCGU